AUGUUCCUCUUUGCCAGCAAAACUAAGACGCCCAUCAGCACCUAUGCGGACUCCUACAGGCCUCCAAAUACCUUGAAGAAGACCUUUGAGGAUCCUCCAGUGGCCCUGUGGAGCGAAAACAAGUUUGUGACGCAGGGUUUGUCUGUGCCCAGAGUCGACCAUCCGAUAGAUCAAAACCACCUGGAGAAGAUGGUGAAGAAGGCAGUGCAGGAAUACUCGUACAAGAACUCUAUAGAGCCAACAGCGUACCGGCCUUACAAAUAUUGGGUGACCAGGGAGGAAGCAGAGAAGGUCAACCCGGUCUUCAUUGGUGAUGACAGGUAUGCAACGUGGAGAACUGGGCCCUACAACAGCGCGGCGUGGAACAAAUAUACCACCUACCUUCCACGGAUCCCCAGGGAAGCGGGGAUGGAGACGAUCCUUCGCGGGAUGCCCAUGCAGUACCCACCCAAACCUGAGCGCCUCAACAAUUACGAACGGGAAGUCGUGGUUAACAUGUUGAACAGCUUGUCACGGAAGCAGCUUCCGUCCAUCCAACAUCACUACACCAUCCCCGGCCGGAUGCCCUACCAAGGUUACUACAGCCCCUGCACUGGACGCCACUACUGCAUGCGAGGGAUGGACUACUACGUUGAUGGGGCGCCCAGCAACGAGAGGCAGAUCAGCCAACUGGUUGAGAAGAUUGUAAGGAGUUUCCCGUACUACAGCCGCCACCAAGAGAUGAUGCUCUGUGCACGCAUGCCCGACCUGCCGCCAUAUUUCCCGUAUAUGAACCUUAAGUGGGAUACAAGCCAGUUUAAGAGGGCUGGAGGAGCAAAGAGGGACAGCUUUAUCAUUCAUCCUGAGUUUGUUUCGGAGUCAUACCCCAAUCCACCGUGUUGGUAG